ACAAGUCGGGCUGGCAAUGGGGACGUUCCUGUGCAGCAAGAUUUGGACAGUGAAGACGUUGUAUUAAGUGAAACAAUAAGCAAAACAACAUCAGCAGCUGACGCAAGUGGUAGCGAUAAAGAAGCAAUUCAUAGUGAACUAGACGAUGCUUUCGCAUCUUUUCGACGACUGAGGAAUAAUUUCUUAGUAAACUUUAGAAACUUUGAAGAUUUGUUUCAUGACAGACAGAGAGAAUUAGCAAAGCUGGCCAGUAAAAGUAGUAAAGACGAGAGCGAAGUCAUCCUUCGUAACCUAGACAAACAAGAACUUACUUGCUCUAACAUCGUGAAAAAAAUUAUGCAAGAUUUAGAAAAACUUGGCGAAAUUUCGAAUGAGAAAUACAAG